UAGAAUUUUUUCCCCAGGAGUCCUUUUUUAUGCGCACAGCUACAGAGUAUUCCUCACUCAUAUAUUAGCAACGGUUAAAUUGUUAAGCCGCCGUGUCUCCGACGUCCGUUCUUGCUCCACCACUCCGACGCUCCGUCAGCUGCUUUUAGCCGCUGCCAGCCAGGCGAGGGGACUGCCACCAUUCUCACGCUUUGAGUUAUUGCAAGCGGCUAACGAUUUCGGCGCUUUAUCACCCACAGAUCGCGAAAGGAGGCGUUUCACUUUUCAGAAUUAUCUUUUGAAAGUGCAAUGUGCCAAAGGACUUCACAGGCGUCUCCUUGGUGUUUNAAUGAUGCGGUACCGCUCUUAACUUCAUUGUGUUUCUCAUAAUUGGGGUCCUUUACCAUCCUUUUUUCAGAUAUCAUAUAUAAGCGGAUAUGAUCCACUGGAUAUGUUUUCUGAGUCGAAAGACAGAUUGGACAAAGCAAUGAUGGAUCUUUUUAUGACCCCACAAAAUAACUUCCGAGUAUUUUUGAAUGGUUCUCUCAAAUUUGGGGGCCUGGGUGGUGUUGCAGAAGCUACAAAUGCUAAAGAUAGUCAAGAAUUCGAAGAUGUAUUAAAGAAUAUAAUUUUGGCAGAGGAAGGAUUGCGUACUAAAUAUUUUCUUGGGCUCAUUUCCGAGGCUCUCUUAAGUUCAGAGAUACUUAAUCGACUUCUUGAAGUCCAGAAGCUUGACAUUUUAGACAUUGAGGGUGUGAUUCAUGUAUAUUAUAAUUUUAUUUCUCAGCCCUGCAUGGUUUGUCGAGAAUUAGGUAGUGGCAUGUCUAAAAGAUUUGACACAUUGCAUUCUCUUUCAACGGAGGAAAGUGGGAAAAUUUUGAGGGACUAUUUAAUAGCUACUACUGCAAAGGAUUUGGGUAUUAUGAUAAGCUUCAAACCUCAAAAAGAUGGGAAUAGCAAGUCUGCUUAUAGUCUUGUCUCCUUAAAGUCAACAAACCAACAUUUUAAUUACAAGGUAUCUUUCAUUGAUCUGGACCUGAAAUAUUUGAACAAGAUGGAAUUCUACUAUGAGCUAGACCAGAAGAUUGUGAAAAGUUACAUAAAGAUGGAGAAGAUGGUUGUCUUUCCAGAACCCUCCGCGGCGAGCCUUUCCUUCUCCUCCGGCUCCGUUCUGGCCGCCGCCACAUCUCUGGUCGCCUCCGCCAUCUUCCUCCGAACCAUAGCCACCGACCUCGUCCCCGACGCUCUUCGCUCCCACAUCUCCGCCCGCCUCCACACCCUCUUCACCCGCUUCUCCUCGCAGCUCACCAUCGUCAUCGAAGAAUCCGACGGCCUGACCUCGAACCAGAUGUUCGAGGCGGCCGCCCUUUUCUUGGGGACCAAGAUUUCCCCUGCCACGCGGAGGAUCAAAGUGGUCAAACCCGAGAAGGACGAGGAACUCAUCUUGACCGUCGAUCGGAGCCAAGAGGUCGUCGAUUUCCACGGCGGCGUGAGGGUGGAGUGGGUCCUCAAAUCGACGGAGCUCAACAUACCCUCCUCCGGCAAAGGCAACGCCGCCGCCGCCAGAACAGAGCACAGGUAUUUCGAGCUGAGAUUCAACAAGAAGCACAGAGACACCGUCCUGAAGGUCUACUUGCCGCACGUUCUGAAGACGUGGAAGGAGAUGAAGGAGCAGAGGCGCUCGGUGAGGCUGCACACGGUGGAUUACAACGGGACGGACUACUGGAGCUCGGUCGUGCUGAACCAUCCGGCGAGCUUCAAAACCAUGGCUAUGCCGGAGGGGGCAAAGAAGGAGAUAAUCGAGGACUUGGACAGGUUCAUAAGCACGAGGGAUUAUUACACGAGAGUGGGGAAGGCAUGGAAGAGAGGGUACUUGCUGUAUGGCCCUCCCGGUACAGGGAAAUCCAGCUUGGUGGCAGCCAUGGCCAAUCACCUCAAGUUCGAUGUCUAUGAUCUCGACCUCCGUGAGGUACAGUGCAAUUCGGAUCUGAGAAGGUUGUUGAUCGGUUCCGCAAACCGCUCCAUCCUCGUGAUUGAAGACAUUGACUGCAAUGUCGGAUUGCAGAGCCGCGAAUCCAAUAAUCAAUCCCCCGAGGAUGACAAGAUAACGCUCUCCGGGCUGCUAAACUUCAUGGACGGGUUGUGGUCGAGCUGCGGGGACGAGAGGAUCGUAGUGUUCACCACGAACCACAAGGAUCGUCUUGACCCUGCACUGCUCCGCCCUGGACGCAUGGACGUCCACAUUCACAUGUCCUACUGCACUUUCUCCGGCUUCCUCACCCUUGCCGCUAACUACCUUGAGAUAGACCACCACCACGGCCACCAUGCUCUGUACCCGGAGAUUGAGCGGCUGCUUUUGAGAGUCAAUGCGACGCCGGCUGAAGUUGCCGGAGAGCUUAUGAAGAGUGAUGAUGCAGACACUGCCCUAGCCAACCUCAUCACCUUCCUUCAAAACAAGGAAAAGUCCCAAUGAGUGAAUGCCAUUCCCCUUUGAAGUUGUACAUUAUUUUUGAGGUGUGAGGGUAGUAGUUUUUUCCCCAUUUAAUUUCAUUUUAGUAAUAGAAUUCAUUUAUUUAUAUUUUUUCUUCUGGCCAUGCAAAGAGUAAAGACAAAUUUAUUUU